AUUGUUCUCAGAUUAGAGUAUUUCCGCAGAUAAGGGUCUUGCCUCAAAUUACGGUAUUUUCCAAACCCCUUCCCGUGGUUCAAUGGUGCCAGAAGAAAGAAAAAUCAGACACAAAGGCUCGUUCCUGGCGUUGCGGCAGAAGCUCAAGCCCAAAGGCGUGUUUGCUGAUAUCACCCCACAGAAAACCAGACAGAAACCUCCCAGAAACCUCUCUGACAGCCUUAGAAGACCAACUUUUCUCAAAAGCGAGUCAGAUACACCCUCUAAGCCACUAGCAAGAAAGAUCUCGCAGCUCUUUGACCGUUCCCUGAGCGCUCCCGUGACCGUUCUCGAACGAGAGUCCACAUUUGAAACAAUUUCCAGCGGAAAAGUACUAUCCGAACGGCCUAGCUUUGCCUCAAAUACUUCCGUAGACUCAAAGUCUUACCUGGAGGUUUCGCUGGCAGCCGAGCCCCUUGUCAUGCCCAGACACCGCUCGCGUACCGUUUCGUUCGGGGCCUCGAUCGACCCAGACAGUCUCAAAACACGAAGCCUGUCGAUUGUGAGCUUGAAUGUGUUAUCAUCGUUAGGAAACAUGCUCCGUUCGUCUAGACCAUCGGCGGAGCUCAGCCCCUCCGUUUCCCCCGCGCAGCCCGACGCCGCGCCCAUCCGCGCUGCAGACUUUCCGCACGGUGAAGCGUAUCUCGCAUGUCUCGAGAGCAUAUAUGACGACUUUCCCGGAGUUCACGCCAAAUCCAGCCGCCAGAUCCUCGCGGUGCUCGCGCACGAAAUCACAGAGAUUGGCCGGACGACUAAGUCCGCGCUGGAGCGCGAGAUGGUAGUGGAGGCAUUCCGCAGCUUUCUCAUUAAAAACUUUGACUUCUACCAGGUACCCUUGGACAUUGCACUCCGACUCUUGUUGGCCAGGUACAACCUACCGGGCGAGACGGGGGAGAUUGACUUUUUUGUGACCGAGUUUGCCCGCAACUGGUACCAUACAAACAACACCGACGACCCAGAUAUCCAGCCGGUGUUUGGCUCGCAGGACCAGAUCUACAUCCUAUCAUUCGGCAUGCUCAUCUUGAACACGGACCACCACAACCCCAACGUGAAGCAGCUGAGCCGGAUGACCAAGCAUGACUUUGUUAGCAUCGUGCUAAACUCCUUGCUAAGCGACCCGGUGCCCUGCAACGUCACCAAGGAGAUAUUGGAAUACUUCUAUGACAAUAUCACGUACAAGGAGUUUAGCAUGGCUACGCCUGAAGGUACGGGAUUGUCCAGGUACGUGAAGAGCGUUUCUCCGCCUGUUCACGGUAUACUCCUGCUGCUCGUUUCGCUGAUAGACGUCAACUUGAAGGUUGAGUUUGAGGUUGACUACGUCAAUCCGUUUCCCCGGGCGGUGCCAAUCGAUAUCAAUAACUCCAUGAUCUUUAACUACGUGUAUUACCUCUUAACCACAGAGACUCCACCGGUCCAGUUGCGAUUGAGCAAGAACAAGAGCAAGUGGCUCAACCCCCGGUUAGAUGAUCCCGAAACCACCCAGUACUUUACCAAAGUGAUCCGCCUAGGCGUUGUGUACAAGCCAGUAGCACCCAAACUGCUCAGAGCCAUCAAGCUCUAUGGGAUGCUCACCACCACUGGUUUCUAUCUUUUCAAGCCCAGCCAGCUUCUUGCAAUGUUUGAGAUCAAUCAGCAGCAGUUGGAUGACCUCUGCGUCUACUUCAACGCGGUUGGCGACGCAGAACAGGUGACGACCCUCUGCGACACACAGUUUCCACCAAUCCUCUCCGAAAAGACAGGCUACUCAGUUUUUGAUUCGGGGUUCACUCCGCACUGCUCGCUCUCUGUGAACGACUUGUUUGCAACCCCAGACAAGGGCAGUUCCCUGGAGUCUAAAAAAAUGUUCUUGGUGUGCGGGCGAAGCGCGGAAGAGAUGUUAUACGUACAAGAAGAAGGGGAAGUGGGGUUGUGGAUCGACUCCAUCAAUGUGAUUUCCGCGUUGGACAAUGUGAUUAUCCCUCUCGCAAAUGUCAGAGACAUCCCUGCAGAUUCAGAUAUAGACACCGGCUCCACCUGCCAGGAAAUCACGGGCGGACGAACCAUGGGUGUGCACGAAAAGACUGUCCGCUACUGCGAAAUGCGCAGCGCUUCCAUGAAAAUCUUGCACGAGCGGUACCUCGGUAUUCUCCAGUUCUUGUCCCACCAUGUGUUCCCGUUACAGAUGCGCACCAGAGAGAUGGUGAUGGCGCACGGGCAGAUGAUCAAGCUGCGGAUAGACAUGCUGUGGCAUGAAAUUCACAAGAGUGAUAUUAUGAUUGGUAUUUUGCAACAGCUUAAGGUGUUACUUGAUGAGCCAUUCCCUGAUGCGUUUGACGAUACCUUGGUGGAUGACGUGUCAUUAGGGGAAGAUGUGGCUCUCUGGACGAAUGAGCUUUUUCUUGGAGAGGACAGCCCAAAGAGCCGGGUGAACAGUGUAAGGGGCCCAGACAGCCCGAUAAUUAGGGAGAAUCGAAGAUCCCAGGAGAAGGAGGCCUGUCUGGUUCAGGAAAGCUUUCAGAGGCUUGCUCCGUGGGACAGCCCAAUCGUCUUGGAGAGACAGGACUCUAAGACUCAAGAGCCGCCCACUGGAAUCAUGUUGGAGCCGUGCCAGAACGUGAGUUCCACGUCGAUCGUGACAAUUCCGGCGGAGUUCGACAACUUUAGUCUUCACAGCAGUCCAAUUAGGAACACCUUACUCUGAGAGAUAGGAUCAUACCCAAAUCCUCUCACAAUGCAUGAAAAUUAGCUUAAUAAAGGUGAUACAUUGUUCAAAUAGGUGUAAUACGGUGUCCAAUGGGCUUAUCCACAGGUACAUAAAGACUUGUGGCGGCGAUCUACUGAAGGAAUAUUAAUUGGCCGUUGCAUAAAAGGUGAUUUCGAAGCUCAUUUAAACAGUAAUUUGAUGGUUUUAUGCAGACAGAGUUUUAUCAAUUAGCGAUAAAUUGAUGGAGCAUUAGUAAGUGAGGGAUCCACCGUUCCGCCCGAUUGGCACACCACUGGCUAGUUUAUGUUCAGAGCAGCCUCUUACUCAGUAAGCUUUGCUCUUUUUUAUA